GUGUUCAUCUUUGACGGUCUGGAUGAGUGUAGACUUCCUCUGGACUUCCUCAAAACUGAGAUCCUGACUGAUGUUACAGAGUCCACCUCAGUGGGUGUGCUGCUGACAAACCUCAUCAGGGGGAAACUGCUUCCCUCUGCUCGCCUCUGGAUAACCACCCGACCUGCAGCAGCCAAUCAGAUCCCUCCUGGUUGUGUUGACUUGGUGACAGAGGUCAGAGGGUUCACUGACGCCCAGAAGGAGGAGUACUUCAGGAAGAGAUUCAGAGAUGAGGAGCAGGCCGGCAGAAUCAUCUCCCACAUCAAGAGAUCACGAAGCCUCCACAUCAUGUGCCACAUCCCAGUCUUCUGCUGGAUCACUGCUACAGUUCUGGAGGAUGUGUUGAAGACCAGAGAGGGAGGACAGCUGCCCAAGACCCUGACUGAGAUGUACAUCCACUUCCUGGUGGUUCAGUCCAAAGUGAAGAAGCUCAAGUAUGAUGGAGGAGCUGAGACAGAUCCACACUGGAGUCCAGAGAGCAGGAAGAUGAUGGAGUCUCUGGGAAAACUGGCUUUUGAGCAGUUGCAGAAAGGCAACCUGAUCUUCUAUGAAUCAGACCUGACAGAGUGUGGCAUCGAUAUCAGAGCAGCCUCAGUGGUCUCAGGAGUGUUCACACAGAUCUUUAAAGAGGAGAGAGGACUGUACCAGGACAAGGUGUUCAGCUUCGUCCAUCUGAGUGUUCAGGAGUUUCUGGCUGCUCUUCAUGUCCAUCUGACCUUCAUCAACUCUGGAGUCAACCUGCUGGCAGAAGAACAAACAACCUCACACCAGUGGUUUCUUAUUAGAAACAAACCCGAUCCAACAGGUUUCUACCAGAGUGCUGUGGACAAGGCCUUACAGAGUCCAAAUGGACACCUGGACUUGUUCCUCCGCUUCCUCCUGGGUCUUUCACUGCAGACCAAUCAGAGUCUACUACGAGGUCUGAUGACACAGACAGGAAGUAGCUCAAAGACCAAUCAGGAAACAGUGGAGUACAUCAAGAAGAAGAUCAGUGAGGAUCUGUCUGCAGAGAGAAGCAUCAAUCUGUUCCACUGUCUGAAUGAACUGAAUGAUCGUUCUCUAGUGGAGCAGAUCCAACAGUCCCUGAGUUCAGGACGUCUCUCCACAGAUAAACUGUCUCCUACUCAGUGGUCCGCUCUGGUCUUCAUCUUACUGUCAUCAGAAGACGAUCUGGACGUGUUUGACCUGAAGAAAUACUCUGCUUCAGAGGAGGCUCUUCUGAGGCUGCUGCCAGUGGUCAAAGCCUCCAACAAAGCUCUACUGAGUGGCUGUAAGUUGUCAGAGAGAAGCUCUGAAGCUCUGUCCUCAGUUCUCAGCUCCCAGUCCUCUAGUCUGAGAGAGCUGGACCUGAGUAACAACAACCUGCAGGAUUCAGGAGUGGAGCUGAUGUCUCCUGGACUAAACAGUCCAAACUGUCCACUUGAAACUCUCAGACUAAGUAACUGUAACCUGUCAGAGAGAAGCUGUGAAGCUCUGUCCUCAGUUCUCUGCUCCCAGUCCUCUAGUCUGAGAGAGCUGGACCUGAGUAGCAACAACCUGCAGGAUUCAGGAGUGGAGCUGGUGUCUCCUGGACUGACGAGUCCAAACUGCAGACUUCGAACUCUCAGGUUAAGUGGCUGUAACCUGACAAAGAGAAGCUGUGAAGCUCUGUCCUCAGUUCUCAGCUCCCAGUCCUCUAGUCUGAGAGAGCUGGACCUGAGUAACAACAACCUGCAGGAUUCAGGAGUGGAGCUGGUGUCUCCUGGACUGAAGAGUCCACACUGCAGACUGGGAACUCUCAGGUUAAGUCGCUGCAACCUGUCAGAGAGAAGCUGUGAAGCUCUGUCCUCAGUUCUCAGCUCCCAGCCCUCUAGUCUGAGAGAGCUGGACCUGAGUAACAACAACCUGCAGGAUUUAGGGGUGAAGGUGAUGUCAGCUGGACUGAAGAGUCCACACUGCAAACUUGACACUCUCAGGUUAAGUGGCUGUAACCUGUCAGAGAGAAGCUGUGAAGCUCUGUCCUCAGUUCUCAGCUCCCAGUCCUCUAGUCUGAGAGAGCUGGACCUGAGUAACAACAACCUGCAGGAUUCAGGAGUGAGGCUGGUGUCUCCUGGACUGAAGAGUCCACACUGCAGACUGGAAACUCUCAGUCUGUCAGGCUGUCUGGUCUCAGAGGAAGGCUGUACUUCUCUAGUCUCAGCUCUGAACUCCAACCCCUCCCAUCUGAGAGUGCUGGACCUGAGCUACAAUCAUCCAGGAGACUCAGGAGUGAAGCUGCUGUCAGCUGGACUUAAGGACCCACACUGGAGACUGGACACUCUCAGGACGGACCAUGGUGGACCACAGAGACUGAGACCU